AUGCACCGCGUUUUUCUCGUGGGCUCCUCUGAAGCAAUGGCGACGACGACCUCGACGGACUCCAACGUGAACUGCAAUCAUGGAGUGUGGAAUUCUGCCACGCUCACCUGCGACUGCGAUGCUGGCUGGAACACGGACUGGUUAAACCAAGACGUGCUCGGCGGCAACUAUGAUUAUUGCAACAGUCAAGCGUCAACGCAGCCACCUAGUAACUCCACCGACGGCACUACAUUCUUCUUGGCAGACAAGAGUAUCCUGGUCAUCAUCGUGGCCCUUGCUGUUGCGUUGGCUGCGUUGUGCGGGAUAGUUGCAUUCUGCUGCUACCGGAAGAGACGACGACGUGCCAAGGAAGAGGCGAAGGGGGCGGAGGCCCUGGCAGCAGCCGCAAAUGAGAAAGCUCGGCGACAAGAAGAGCUGCAACUACAGCAGAUGCAGAUGCAGGCGCAGGAGGAGGCAGCACUCCAACAACAGCUGUUGGCCGCGCAGUUGGAGGCGCAGCGCCAAAAUCAAGCACUGCUGAACCAUCUCGUGAACAUGAGUACCAUGUCAGCCGCCCCGAACUCACAGUUCUCGGCAUCAUCGCGACAUCAUCGGCGGCACUGGCAUGAGAUGCUUCCGCGACAUCAGGGCGAGGUAGACUACGCGUGCGACGCCAACUAUGAGGCCGGCAACUCGUUCUCAGAAACCUUUGACGGAUGGGGUUCACCGGAGUCGUUCGUGCAGUGCCCUAGCUCCUACCGCCGCGGCGCCCCGCUGUCGACUACAGACGGCUACGACAAUUACUCCGAGAUUUUGCCCUCGUACUACCCGGCUACGACAACGGAGGCACCGCAAAGAGAAGCGCAAUCUCCUCCUCCGUAUGCGCAACUCUCCUUUCUCCAUCCACCAUUCUGA